AAUCCUUAUCGGUAAGGCACCAACACGUGACUAAUCUCGGGAAUCUCCGAACUUUCUACUGAGACUAAUCUCUCACCCAAACCCCACUUGAUGGAUAUCAGGUGAUGAAGUCCCUUUACACAAAACUCUCUAUUACCGGAACAAUCCGUCUAUACGGGGUUUGGCGGGUUUCGGUGUUAUCCGACGCUAAAAGACCCUUUUUGCAGAUGUCAAUUCGUCAUUAUACAUACGAGGCGACAAUACAUAUCAGACAACUAUUUGAUUCCAUGAUACGGUAAUAUUAAAAUGAUCUUGACGUUACCUACAUGUUAUGUA